AUGCUCAUUCAUUGCCAAACAAUUCUAUGUGACGUUCUUUCUCACUUGUUGCUUGUCGUCUUUAUAAACACUUCUGUACUGCAAGCACAAGCAUUAUCAAGAAAUGAUCGUGCACAUAAUCACAUAGCUCGCCUUAGACAAGCGGAGGAAAUCUUUAUGACUUCAGUGCCUAUUGAUGGUAUGAAACGUUCGCAUGUUUGCGGUGAUGGCUAUCGUAUUGAAGGUGCUCUUCUCAAAUCUUAUCCGUAUUCUCGCGGUCAAACCUAUUCACCUUACGAAGAUUGCUAUAUGACAUUUCAGGCUCGACGAUCGAAUAAUCUUAUUCGUAUUCGAAUUCUUACUAUGGAUAUUAACGAUAUUCAUCGUGGAAUCAAUUGUUUGGAUUCACUUCGGUUCUAUAAAUCACCUUACAUACUUGAAAAAGACAAACUCAACUCAGUCGAGUGUGGUCAGUUGAAUGAAUCGCAAAAUUUUAGCUUUAUUUCACCUACCGGUGUUGUUACUGUACACUUUAGUACGGAUGGUGGAAACGUGAAUGGUCUCGGUUUCAAAGUCGUUCUAACCUCCUUUCACUAUCCCAGUCAUUUGCAUCCAUGCGACUCAACUGAUGAUGAAUUUCUUUGUGGCAAUGGUGAAUGUAUUAGUAGCUCGCUUCUUUGCGAUGGUGUUCCACAUUGUCUGGAUGGAUCGGAUGAAGGUUACAAUCAUUCGUGCUCUGUUCGUUCAACUGAUUCUGUCAAUCAUAUGACACCAGACAAAUAUCCGCCAUUACCAAAAUAUCAGCAAUGGCGUGGAAUCUUAAUAAUCGCGUUUUUCCUCAUAAUCUUAUUUGUAUUCAUUCUGUUUACGAUCUAUUUUCUUUGUCGUCGUUGUUGUUGUCCAAAUGAAAUUUCUAUCCAACACACAGCGAAUAUUCGUUCAGAAGUUAAUCAUCGUAAACAUGGUGCCCGAACUCGAGUGAUCACACAUAAUAAUCGCAACUACAAACAUUUCCACGACAAUCGUAAUCUUGUUUAA